GUACAGGAGCGAGCCAGUAAGCGCGCGGAGCACCUCCGUAGUGCGCACUGUAUAAUAGGACCAGUGCCGUGCGCACGAGCGUCGAGCAGUCGACGGCCCGCACUCGACGGUGACGCAGCCUCGGCUUGAAGUACUGUGUUAGGAAGACUUGAUAGGAGCCAGGAUGAGGAGUUAUCUGUUGGUGCUGGCCUUGCUGGCCGUAACGAUAUGCUCCACGGAAGCUGUAUUGAAACGUCGGAAGCACCGUAGGCUGCGUACGACGACGACCACGGAGCCGGCGAUGCUCGCGGCGGCGCGCCUGUUCCCGCCCGCGGCCGGCGCGCCGCGCGGCGACGAGGCCGAGCACCUCGAGCUCGGCAUGGCGGAGCGUCUCGACGAAACUCGAUUCCAGGAAUCUGAGAGAGCUCGUGUUAAUGAAAUCAUGAAUGAGGUCGGUGACGAAAACAACGGAGGUAACGAAGUUUUUAUGGAAGAUCCGUGUCUGAAGGUGCACUGCAGUGCAGGACGCGUGUGUGAGAUUGACGAGCACGGCGACGCUGUCUGCAAUUGCAUCAAGGACUGCCCCUACGAGACCGACUCCCGCCGAAAAGUGUGCACUCACCACAACGAGACCUGGCCGUCGGACUGCGACGUGUACCGCCAACGCUGCCUGUGCCUCGACAACUCAGAGCUGUGCCGUGGCCCACAAUACCACCACGUGCAGAUCGAGUACUACGGCGCCUGCAGGGAGAUGCCGGAAUGUUUGGAGAGCGAGAUGUCAGACUUCCCGCGGCGUAUGCGCGACUGGCUGUUCAACAUCAUGCGCGACAUGGCGGAGCGUCGCGAGCUGUCGCCGCACUACCUGCACAUGGAGCGCGAGGCGGAGGCCAACCUCACGCGGCGCUGGACCAACGCCGCCAUCUGGAAGUGGUGCGACCUCGACGCGCACGACAACGACAGGUUCGUAUCACGACAUGAGCUGUUCCCGAUCCGAGCGCCGCUGAUGUCGCUGGAACACUGCAUCGCGCCCUUCCUCGACCGCUGCGACGAGGACGACGACCACCGCAUCACGCUCGCCGAGUGGGGCAAGUGCCUGGAGCUCGACGAGUACGAGCUGGAGGACCGCUGCGACGAGCUGACGGACGAGACUGCAUAAGUCUGCGUGACGUCAACAUACCUUAAUUAGCUCACAUUUUAAUCUCGGUGCUAUCACACCUCGUGUACAAGUGGAGAUUUAGAUUUUAACUCGUAAAUAAGUACUUAUUAUUUCCUCACAAAAUGUACUUCGAUAAAUAUUUUAUUAAAUAAAAUGUCAACGACUAACGUUACUGAGCUGUAUGCUGUAUGUACUUUACAAUACAAUAUGAUGUUUGUAACAAUUAAGCGUGAUGUAAUGUUGCGUUUUUAUUUCACAGUGACUUCUAUUGCACUUCAUCUAAUGUUUAAAUAUGAAUAGACAUUGUGAUUAGAAAAGCCGUACUGUGAUUUUAACCAAAAUAUGACGAUACAAUAAAGUAUUCGAAACUCAA